CUCUUGUGCCUCGGAGAAGAGGGGGAACCGGGUCGCUCAGUGGCGCUGCCUGGGCUCUUUCCUUGCGCCGCGUCCCCGCUGCAAUUAUGGAGUAGGGACUAGUGAGCGGGCAGCAGCGGCGGUGCGCGGGGGCUGCGCUGCUGGGAGGCGGCGAAGGGUUUCCGUCCUGCCCCGAGCCAUCGACGCCGCUUCCCCUUCUCACUCUGCCGGAGAUGUCUGGCUGGGGCAGCCGGAGGAGAAGCGGCCCCUCCUGGCACACCAGCUUCUCCAGGUUCUUCACCAAGAGCCCUCCCCGGACCAAGGAGGAGCCGGGGGAAGGGCACGAGGCUCACCCCCAGGAGUCGGCCACGCACAGCUUUUCAAAUAAGGAAAAUGAACCCAUCAAUGUGAAAAAUGAUAAUAAGGAAAGAACACAUUUCCCUGAGGUGUUAAAGAUUCCUCAAAAUGCAGAGAAGAAUUACUCAAUGGAAGAUCUAAGCAACUCCACAAUCCUAGAGGAAUUAAAAAAGGCUAAAAGCCUUCCCAGUCUGGUUCCUACUAGCAAAAGAGCAGGUCGUGGCAGACAACACAAAGAAGGCUUUUUUCAGUUCCUUGGAAGCCUAUUUAAAAUUGGAUCAAAAUCUUCUUUGGGAGAAUCUAAACAGUCUACCUUCCAAGAUGAACACAACAGACAUGGAAAGGAUUCGCAGAACCCAGCUGCCCUUCAGAAAGAUGGGAUCACAAAGCAUCGGAAAACUGAAAUAUUUGUCAUUUCUACUGCUGGAACGGAAGAAACAGCAGUGCCUAUAGAAGAGCCUAUAUUGGAUAAUACCAGGGAGGUUGGUUCUCAGGAUUUACAGAGAAGACUGGAGCAAUCUGUUGAUGCACUAACGUAA